AUGUCGCCAGCCUACAACCUGACCAGCUGUAUGUGUAUCAGCAGUAAGGAGGAGGAGUCGGUGGCGUUGCCGGGGAAAUGUCCCAGUCCAGGCUGCCAACUGGCCUUUAUCACCUUCCUUUGUGUCAUCUGUGUGUGCAGCAUGAUCGGAGCCAUGGCCCAGACACCCUCCGUCGUCAUACUUAUCAGAACAGUGAGCCCUGAGCUAAAAUCCUACGCUCUUGGAGUUCUGUUUCUGGGCCUGAGACUACUAGGUUUCAUCCCUCCCCCUCUGAUCUUCGGCAUGGGCAUCGACUCCACCUGCCUGUUCUGGUCCACAGUCUGUGGAGACAAGGGAGCCUGCAUGCUGUACGACAACGUGGCCUAUCGACACCUCUACGUGAGUAUCGCCAUCGCUCUCAAGUCCACCGCCUUCAUCCUUUACACCACCACUUGGCAGUGUCUCCGGACCAACUAUAAGAAAUACAUUAAGAACAGUGAAGGCUACCUGACUCCCACCCAGCUGUUUGCCUCUAACGUGACUCUGGACAACCUGGGCAAGGAGAUCACCCAGAACCCAGGCAACCGGACAACAUUUAUAUAUAACCUGGAGGAACCAGAGAUGAGUUAUAACAUGGAGUCUGUUUUAUAGUUUCUCCAAGACCCGGGGGCCGACUAACAGGCUGGCUGCCUGUCUGGCAAGCUAACUAACUGGCUGGCUGCCUGACUGGAAAGCUGGCUGACUGCCUGACUGGCAAGCUAACCUACUGGCUGGCUGCCUGACUGGUAAGCUAACCUACUGGCUGGCUGCCUGACUGGCAAGCUGGCUGACUGGCUG